AUGCAGCAAGCCCUCCUCAACUCAUCCCCCCCCCCCACAGAGCUCGCCCCCGUCGACCCGAGCUCGGCUGAAGAGAAAGCGAGCUCCUGCCGCGAGUUGCUCCUGGCCGCCGAGUACCUCGAAAGCAAGACUUCCACCGAGGGGCUGACCGCCCGCAUCGACAAAGCCGUCGCCUCCGGUGCCGACGCCCUCUCCGCCACCGACGCCCUCGCCGACGCCUUCCUCGUCGCCCUAGAUCUGCCCAUCGAUGACUUCGACUCGCUCGAGGGCUGCAUGCAGGUCGUCCUCAUGUGGCUGAAGAAGGAGUGCGCCAUGAACUCGCAGCUCGUGCACAAGAUUAGCGACGGCCUCUGCAAAGGGGUGAAGCCCGUGCCGGAGGGCGGUAAGAGCCAGGACCCGCGCGAUCAGCUGAGACUCAAGUGCAUGGCCCUGCUGUACAACUCCGUCAGCGAGGACAACGUCGACGAGCGCUUUUCUCUGCUUGUCUCCACCAUUUCGCUCGCCACAAAAAUCCGCAUGGUCUCCAAGAUCGUCGACACCGUCCUGCCGAAGAUCGACGCCUUCAUGCGUCAGUGGGACCGCGACGUGCCGGAGAAGCGCCUCAUGUACAAGGUCUCCUACGAGGCUCUACGCUCGGAUCACCGCAUGGAGCAGGCGUUUGCUUUUAACGUCAAGCAUCUCGAGCUUUACAACGGCGCCGCGGAGGAGGAGUUCCUGUCCGUUGAGGACGCCACCAUCGAUGUUAUCGUGCAGGCCGUGCGUCUGGAGAAACUGUACCGCUUUGAUACCCUGCUAGAACUUGACGCCGUCAAGCGCUUCGGGAGACUGCAAGCCGAUCACAAGCUUUUGUUCGAGCUCAUCAGCAUAUUUGUCCGCCAUGACCUUGCCGUGUUUACUGACUUUCGCGCAAAGAAUGAGGCCCUACUUGCAAAGUAUGAGAUUGACGUUGCCGUCGCGGAGAAGAAGAUGCGCUUGCUAACAUUUGCGUCGCUGGGCAUCGACUCGCAGGAUCUCACCUACGGCAUGAUUGCGAAGGCGCUGCAAAUCUCAGAGGACGAGGUGGAGGAUUGGGUUAUUCGCGCUAUUGGCUCGGGCUUGGUUGACGCCAAGAUUAACCAGCUCACAUCCUCCGUUUCCAUCUAUCGCUCCACGCAGAGAAUGUUCACAAGGGAGGAGUGGCAGCCGCUGUCGGAGAGAAUUAAUAUUUGGAAAGAGAAUAUUGGGGACUUGCUGGCAAAUCUCAGGGAGACAAGGCAGUCCUCUACUACAGCAGCAGUUGAAGCUUUUUCAGGAUAG